AUGAACGUCCAUAAGCUGUGGGAGUACAAAGAAUAUGUGAACGUCAAUGGAAAAAUACUUAGUAACGAACUAAUAUCACUAUUGCAGAACUCACUAACACUUCUGCAGGUUGAAAAUCAUUUCGCUUACGUUCAAUACUGGGGUCAAUUCCACGCAGUUGAUACAGAUUAUCACAUCGCUGUAGGCAUAAAUAAGGAUGCCAUCUCAGACAGAAAGUACUUUUACACGACGGACUUCAAAUUCUGGGGUUUGCUACCCAAAGCGAAAAAGAAAUACAAGCAUCUUUCAUUACUAACAACCUUCCCUUUCCGUGGAGACCCCUCAUUAAAAAUCAAAAUAUUAGAUGAGGCAUUGGAAGAGAAUAACCCUGACCGAUGCCAGUUUAUGAAAGAAGAGAAUCGAAUCGCUGCUACGAUAAGCAAUAUUUGUGAGGAAGCUGAGAUUUGUUCUAGGGGGCAGUUGAUAAAACACCCUGAUUCAACUGUCGUUAUAAAUCCUAAUUACUAUGGAUUGACAGCGUCUGAAGCAAAACUUACUAAAUCGUAUCUACAUAUCCGCCCACCUCAGCAUCGUUGGAAUACUAAUCUUUUAACCAGACCAGACUACAAUUAUAGUAUGGAUUUUUUAGAUUCUAUAGAUCAAGAUAUACCUAAUGGCUGUUGGAAUUUGUCGCUCGAGCAAAAUGGAAGUAUUGUUUAUUUGAAAAGUUUAUACUGGCCUGGUAUGAUGUUUUUUCAUAAAGUUCGAACGCCUGAAAGUGGUUUUCUAUACGUUGGGAACGGAAGAAAAAAUUUGGAUGUACCAUUUUUACUUUAA